CCACAAACUACGAUGGAGUACGAAGGAGCGCGCGUGAUUCGCCUGCCGCCAUACCAGUACCUGCACGUGCUCGACACCAACUGCAACGUUACGCGCGUGCUCUCGGGCCCGCAGACGUACACGCGUCAGGACCACGAGAAGAUCGUGAGCGGCCCGAGCCUCAUGGUCAUCGUGCCGCCGCAGUCGUACGUUGUGAUCGAGAACCCAGUCGUGCGGUCCGAUGAAGGCACGGUCGUCGUCGAUGCGUACGGUCAGGCGAAGCUUAGCCAUGGCGAGCGCGAGAUCCGUGUCGCGGCACAAUACCCGGACCCGUUUCCUCUCUACGCAGGUGAAGUUCUCGUCGGUGCUGUGCAAAAGCUUACGGUCCUCGACAUCAACUCGGCGCUGCGCGUCCGUGCGAACCGAGACUUUGGUGGUCAUGCAGCCGGGGACGAAUGGCUGUUCCUUGGGCCUGCGACGUACAUUCCACGCGUCGAAGAAGAUGUCGUUGGCUCCAUGAAGGCGUCCGUCAUUCAAAAGAACCAAGCGCUCAAGCUUCGCGCAGCCAAGAAGUGCACCGAUUGGCUUGGCGCGACGCGCGAUGCAGGCGAAGAGUGGCUCGUGCGGCAGCCCGGCACCUACAUGCCGCGCGUCGACGAGCUUGUGCUCGACGUUCUCAACGCAACGAUCCUCACCGAAAAGACGUCUUUGCACCUUCGAGCGCUUCAAACCUUCACGGACAUCUACAAGGUCCAGCGCAAGGCCGGCGAGGAGUGGCUCGUCACGAGCAAGAUGGCUGAGACGCACGUCCAGGAUGUGCACGAAGAGGUUGUGUCGCACGUGCCAAUCACAACGCUCUCGAACCGGCAAUACGUCGUCGUUUUGGACCCGAUUGUCAACGGUGUGCAGCAGCUGGGCACACGCGAGAUUCGUCGCGGUGAGACGAGCUUCUUUCUACAGCCUGGUGAGAUCCUCGAGCACGGUAUCAUUCAGGACGUAUGCAUCCUUGGUGAUGACGAGGCAGUCUUGCUCCAAGCAAACGAAUCUUUUGUCGAUGACGGCGACGUGCAGCACCAUGCUGGCAGCAAGUGGAUGGUGUACGGUCCGUGCGAGUACGUGCCGCGUAUCCAAGUCAACGUUCUCGAGACGCGGAAAGCGAUUCCGCUGGACAAAAACGAAGGCAUCUACGUGCGCGACACCAAGACUGGCAAAGUCCGUGCCGAGACGGGCCAAACGUACAUGCUGCAGCCAACCGAGGAGCUCUGGGCCAAGCCUCUCCCAGAUGAGGUCAUUGAGCUCCUUCAACAAGACUCGUACGUCGAAGGCAGCGCCGUGGCCGGGCGCGGCCAGAAGGCGCGCGAUCCCACGCGCGUCGUGACGUUUGAAGUGCCGCACAACGCUGCGAUCCAGAUUUACGACUACUCGUCGACUCGGUCCCGUAUCAUGUUUGGACCGACGCUCGUGAUGUUGAGCCCUGAAGAGCAGUUCACGGUCAUGAAGCUCUCGGGGGACGUACCAAAGCGCGCCAAAGUCAUCUGCACGCUCUGCCUCCAACUCGGACCUGAUUUUAUGCGCGAUCAGAUCACGGUUGAAACCUCUGACCAUGCGCGGCUUCGACUCACCAUCGCGUACAACUGGCACUUUCAAGUCCCGACGGAGAACGCGGCCAAGAUUUUCUCAGUGCGAGACUUUACGGGCGACGCAUGCAAGACCCUUGCGUCGCGCAUCCGCGGUGCUGUCGCGGUCGAAACGUUCGACCAUUUCCACAAGCACAGUGCGAGUAUCAUUCGGACAGCGAUCUUUGGACUUGACGAGUCGACAGGCGAGGCCAAGACGCAGCUCAUCUUCGUGACCAACAACCUCGUGAUCACGAACGUCGACAUUCAGUCGGCCGAGCCCGUCGACGCGCAGACGCGCGACAGUCUACAAAAGUCCGUGCAGCUCGCGAUCGAGAUCACGACCAAGUCGCAGGAGGCCAAGGCCAAGGCCAUCGCAAUGAAGGAGGACGAGGAAGCGAAAGGCCUUCUCAUUACGCAGCAGCUCGAAAACCAGACCGAGGCGGAGAAGGCCCGGAAGCGGCUCGUCGAGCUUUCAGCGCAGUGCGCAGCGGUCGAGGCUGAAGGUGCCGCCGUUGCCUCCGCAAAGGCCAAGGCGCAGGCUGCCGAGAUCGAUGCACAGGCGGCUGUCACGCAAGCGGAGUUGCGUGUCAAGGCGCUGCAGAUUGAGCACGAGAGCCAAAUGCGCCGGCUUCAAGCCGAGCACACGCUGCAGAUCGAGCACACCAAACAACUCGCUGAGCUCGAAAUCCAAAAGAAGCGCGAGCUUCUAGCGAUCGAGUCCGAAAAGUUCAAGAGCAUGAUCGACGCCAUCGGACAGCAGACGAUCGUGGAAAUGGCGCGCGUCGGGCCCGAGACGCAAGUGAAGUUGCUGGCAUCGCUCGGGCUACAGGGCUACCUCAUCACAGAUGGAAAGUCGCCCGUGAACCUCGUCAACACGGCGCAGGAUCUCGUGCGCAACAUAUCGACCGGUGUGUAGUCCUCAAUAGGUAUAAUACAGUAUCGAGGGCUGAAUACAUGUUUCUUGCUUAUAUGCGAA